AUUAUGGCAAGUGAUUUUUCAAGAGAUUCCGUUUUUUGUUCACUUCAUAUAUGUUGCAUCAUCAGUGACCUCUGUCGAAUUUUAGUGGUUGGGUAACACAAAAAGCGCCAUUCAUCUUGGCGUCCUGUACUCCUUUCGAAUCUACUAGUUACUUUUGUAGCCUACCUCGUGUUAAGAUUGCUUGCAAUAUGGCUGCGGAAUCAGAAAGAACUCAAGACGGCCAUUUAAUUAAUGGCAAUCAUCAGGAUUACAGCAGCUGUACUGCAAAUUGGGAAAGUCAGCAAUCAGCAAAUCGACAGUUCGAAUCCAAUUGGUUCUCACCGUCAUUAACGUCAACUCAGAUCGCAUCAUUUGUUGUGAUAGACUCAGACGACGAUGCACAAAAUGACAUUCUAUUAACAUAUGAAAAGUUAAAUAUAUUUGAAGAUACUUUGCAGGAAGAAAUCCCCAGCCCUGCAGACCUGUCCUUCCUACCCACUUCAACUGACUAUCCAAUGGUUUCUGAAACUCCUCCACCUCAAGGAAACUUACUUGGUUGGGACACCAUAAAUCCUUCAAAUUAUUUAUUAAACAGCACUGAGUAUUUUAAAAGCCCCCAAAACCAUACGAUGAAAACACCUACCAAAAGGCAGUCCACAUCAGCACAAAGCAAGAAGUCAUCUAAAAUGAAAAGAGUGAAAUUAGAAGGCUAUAGUUGCAAACUAAAUGGUGCCAUCUACAAUGUUGUGAGCAGAGACUUGGAUGUACUGGAAGCUAUAGAGAAGGGCCUAAAACACAUACAGCAAACAAUCCGUCAACACUAUAUGUGUAAUGUGAGACAUCUAUCUCUUCAGCUGAAUCAGAUUGAAAUUGUUUUAGCAAUUCUUGAUGAUGAACAGCUUGGACUAGGGAUGUCACUUGAGGCAUGGAAUGAAAUGAUAAUACAUACAAAAAAAAAAUUUCAAGAUACUCAACAUGAAAUUGACGCGUGCAGAAGGAGGAGAUUCGAGCUGGACACUUUCACUGAUGAAUUAACUCAUUCCUUUUCUCAGAGCUUAAGCAUCUCCAGUUCAAAUCAGUGCCUUCAACAACAAUGUAUCAGCGACAUCCGUAACGAGGAGAAAAGUCAAGCGAAAAUUACAGCAAAAUCCAUUCAUUUUGAGUCAAAAACCAUCAGAACCAGUGAUCCAGUUUCCGGUGGGGGUUGUGAACAUGAGAUCCAAGUUAUUAACUCGUCGCAGAUACCCAACAGCCUUACACACAACGUAGGCGUACUUCUUCAGACCUCAUCAACGCAAAGAAUGGAAAGAAAGAGCCUGUCGGUAAAAGGCAAAACGAAUCCAAAGAAGAAACCCAGCAAUGUAUCACAUACAUCCAUUAUAUUGGACGCAGGGCGUCAUUCGCCUUCGAGGGAAAAGUAUCUUCAAUUGGUAACAGUUAUGGACAAUACCCGACUUCCCAGCGAUUCCUUGAAUUUAGCACCUGCUCAGGAUUUGGUUGUAGCUUCCGAUUCAACUGCCGAUUGCUCACGGAAAACACUCGCCAUAGAAGAAAACCCAGCCACCAGACAAGCUAGCAAAAAUCUCGAAGCACUACCGGAUGUUACAGAUUCGACCACGUACGUCAAUGAAUCCAUUCGAAUUUCUAAUGACAUUCUAGGAGACGACCAACCAUCAAAUGACACUCCAGAUUUCUUUGGCGUUUCUCUUGACGACGAUGGCCUGCCACUACUGGAAAAAGAAAUGGUCAGUAAGUUUGACAGAGCUAUGGAAGGUCAGGACGACCUGUUCGUUGUUGGAGAAUCGCAUAGUUCAUCACAAUCGUUGUUCCUUGGAAGCAAGAACCGUACACCCACUAUAGUAAAAAUCGGUUUCCAUCUUCGCCCAUUCGUUUUAAACGGAGUUCUAUGCCCUGGAAAAAAUAACAUGAAAUUGACUAUCAACAGUCGCAUCUACAUAGGUUCUCUUGCCGCUGAUGGGACCAUUGAAAUGAAUGGCUUUAAUUUCUCAACCAUAGGUAACUGGAUAAGAUCGGUUGAAGGAAAACCCUUUUCGAAGUUGUCGAAGUUAGUCCAGAGAACGUUUGAUUUGCAAUAUAAUGGGAAAUCUCUGGGACAAGUUCUUGAGGUGUAUGAGUCAUUAAGAAGUUCGGUCCUGAGAAAAGUUAGGGAAACUCCUUUCACCGACAAUAUCGCUGAAGUUUCCAUGUCACAUCCUCCAAUGGCAGAGAGCAAGCUUGUCCAGGAAAAUGUUUCUUUUUCCUCACCUGCCACGAAAAAUCCCAUGCCAUACCUUACGGGGACAGUUAAUAAUCUUGUGCAUACAAGUGCCACUAUAUCGAACACGAAAGAAGAUCUGCAGUUUGUUCCCGAGGAAAUGACGCGCCACAUCAAAACCAUUUUCAUCCACGCUCAGGACGAAUAUUUUCCCAUUUGUAAGUGUGUUGAACAGUUCUGGUGCGGUAUACAGCCUUUUCCCAAACACAUUUUGGACGAGGUUGAUUCUUGGAAAUAGACAUCGGAUAAAUUCCACUGAUUCUGUUGUCUCCUUACGAAUUGUCUUAUACAUGAAUAAAAAUUGGUCAAUAAAGACAUCGUAUUUAACUGA